AUGCAGUUUAAGCCACUCCGCUGGUAUACAAUAAACAAUCUUCUUACCCACCCCGCCACUCUCCAAGCUCUAUCCAGUGAACUCAUAACAGCGAAUCUCACCCUCCCCUACCCGAAAUGGAACGAAGUCUGCGACCUCCCUUAUCUCGAUGCUUGUAUUCAAGAAGCUGUCCGUCUGCACCCCCCCUUCGCACUUGUCCUCGGGCGUGUUGUCCCUGCUGGCGGCGUCACAGUCCUGAAUCACUAUCUGCCUGAAGGAACUUUAGUUGGUGGGAACCCCUACGUGGUAAAUCGACACGCGGAAACAUUCGGGCCCGAUGUCGAGGAGUGGAGGCCAGAGAGAUGGCUUGAGGGGGAAGGGCGCAAGAGGCUCGAGCAGAGCGUUCCUACGUUCCCUUCUUGGUGUUAA